AUGAACAAGGAGAAAGAUAGGCCAGAUGCCGGGUUGAGGUCGCUCGAUCACUACAAGAUCAGACUGCCACGAUGGCGCUACCUAUUCAGAGAACAACUCCUCCCUGUCGUGCGCUGGGAGACUCCCUACGUCGCCUGGCUACAAGACACCCUACGAACCCCCGCCUUUGAUACAUACUUUGCAACGUCGGCAAACCUGGGAACACACACAUUCUUCAUGGUCAUGUUGCCUAUUUUAUUCUGGUGUGGGAACACAAAUCUGGGACGAGGGAUGGUCCACGUCCUGGCGUCGGGAGUUUUCUUCAGCGGGUUUCUGAAAGAUCUCCUCUGCCUACCCCGACCACUUUCUCCGCCACUGACUCGAAUCACCAUGUCUGGGUCUGCUGCACUCGAGUACGGUUUCCCUUCCACGCACUCAACCAACGCAGUCUCGGUUGCUGUUUACUCACUUUACCUCCUACGGCAAGAGACGAACGACCUGGAUACGAACCUCAAACUCGGGCUCCAGAUUCUGGCUUACUUCUACGCUGUUUCUAUUGUGCUUGGUCGGCUAUACUGUGGAAUGCAUGGCUUCUUUGACGUCAUUUGGGGAAGCAUUCUCGGUGCUCUGAUAGCUCUUGUUCAAUGCCUCUAUGGCGAGGCCUUUGAUGACUGGCUCCACGGCGGCGACUUGAAACGAGUCGUGCUUGUCGUUUUGAUCAUUUUGGUCCUGGUUCGCAUCCACCCCGAACCCGCAGAUGACUGUCCUUGUUUCGAUGACAGCGUUUCAUUUGCUGGUGUCAUGAUUGGCUGUGAGUACGGUGUUUGGCACUUUGCUCGCACCUCCUAUGCCUGGUCAAACCCCACUAGAGGCACUAUCCCAUUUGAUCUCGAAAAGAUGGGCUGGGUUAUGACAUUAGCCCGCAUUUUGCUUGGAGUGCUUGUGAUUUUUGCAUGGAGGGGCAUCAUGAAGCCGACCCUUUUAAGGAUACUUCCACCAAUAUUCCGUGUGAUUGAACAGCUGGGACUCACUUUACCACGACGAUUUUUCAAACCGGCCUCGGAGUACGAGACCAUUCCACGGCAGCCCAAUGACGACGACAUCAUUCCGCCCGCGCGGGAUAUUCCCCAUCUGUUGUCAUCCUUUCGACGCAGAAGAGCCAUCUCGGUCGGGCCUCAGUCCGAAGCAGAUGCGUACGAAACACUGGCGUACCGUGAAAAGAGGAGGAGGGAUAGCAAAAAUGCUCUGGAGGCACUGACACCAGCACUGGAAGGCUCGCCUUCAUCCUCGCCCUCUCCUGACCCUGGAUACUUCCAGGGCAAUGAGACUGUCUCGGGAAGGAAAAGAUCUAGCAGCUUGGAGAUGUUCCGCGCACAGAUGGGCACAGGCAUGGAAGGGCUGUCGCCAAUUCCUGUGAUUGCGCCCGCAGAUGGCAAAAUGCGCACUCCGGAGGAAGAUCAGGCAAUGGAUGAAUUGCAGGAACGACAGAUAUUCUUGACCAUACAGAAACCUCGAGUCAGGUAUGAUGUGGAAGUGGUGACCAAACUUAUCGUGUACUCGGGGAUCGCUUGGCUGGCCGUUGAGGGAGUCCCGGUCCUUUUCAAGUAUCUCGGACUGAGCGUACUUUGA